UCGCAUUUAAUAUUUUAACUUGAUCGAAAAAGAAGGCAAGAAGUUCGGACAUCGUCAAAAAAAGAUUCUGAGAAUGAAUAAGAAAGACGAUCCGCUGUUAAAAAAUGAAACGUUGGAGAUUUCCGAAGGCUCUCAGGAUCAGAAGGAUCUAUCAAAGGAGGUGGAAGAGAAACCUGUGUUUCGCAAGUAUCGCACGAAACAUAUGAAGUUAUUUCCGGAAUUAUAUCGAAGCGACGUCUCGAUUCAUCCCAGCUACACCGGUCUGAAAACCUUGCCUUACAACGUCGUCUGCAGGCAUCGCGUGCAAAGGAUUAAGCGACAGUCAUUUCGGCAGCUGAAUCGCGAGAUCGUGCAUUUCACUAUGAUCCAAAUGUUUGCUCUUGACGGUGUGAGAAUCGAUCGUGUCUUCAGCAUCGGUAUGUCACCGAAGAUGUUGGUCGUGCCGGAUCUACUAACAGACAAAGAGAGACGCCGUCUGAAUGAGGUUCUUCGAGAUCCUUAAAAAAUGUCUGGCAUUCAAUUUCUAUAAAAACAGACUUUAUAUAUCCUACUUAUCCAAUUGUUCAAUCUUGAGCUAAUAUCAAUUUGUUGUAAUUA